UACAGUUGGGGUACGCAAUUGUCUUCUCCCUACGAACCGACAGCAUAUACUCAGUCCUCUCCGUCUCAAUAAGCCGUCACCGAUUUGCUCUUGAGUCUAUUGUAUCGCUCGCUUGUCCAGAACGUACGACAGAAUGCCCGUCGCCAAUAAUGGGUUGCCGAAGGCGGAUGACUUGAAGGGAUCAUGGGCAUUCCUGGAAGAGGGUGUCGAUCAUAUCAUGAAUCGCCUCGACGAGGGAUUGAGUCCGGCGAAGUAUGUGAAUAUGUACACCGUGGUAUACAAUUUCUGUACGCACAAUAAGUUGAGUCAGAGUAUGUCUCUGCAUGAGAGUUCGAGUGGACAGAGAGGUGCGCACCUCAUGGGAGCGGAGUUGCAUAAGAGGUUGUCGGAGUACUUGAUCAAGCACCUCGCUGGGAUUUGCAACGAGUCAAAGCAGUAUUCGGAUGAGACGCUGCUCAAGUUCUACACCAAGCAGUGGGCGAAAUACACCUUCGCCGCGUCCUUCCUGAACAACAUCUUCAAGUACUUGAAUCGACACUGGGUCAAACGUGAACGCGACGAAGGCCGAAAUCAGGUUCACGAUAUCUACACGUUGGCGUUGGUGAGCUGGAAGUUGCAUUUGUUCAACCAUACUCAGGAGAACCUUAUUAGUGCUGUAUUGAAGUUUGUCGAAAAGCAGAGGAAUGGGGAGUCAAUUGAGACGACGCUUAUCAAGAGUGUCGUGGAGUCAUAUGUCUCGUUGGGAUUGGACGAAAAUGACGCGACCAAGAAUAACCUCGACGUUUACAGGGACUCUUUUGAGGCUCCCUUCCUUGAGCGGACGAAGGAGUACUACCAGGCUGAGGCGGAGAAAUUCAUCAGUGAGAACUCGGUAGUGGAUUACAUGCGCAAAGUGGAAGCGCGCCUCAACGAGGAGGAGUCUCGUGUGGUCAUGUACUUGCAUCCCUCCACCAGGAAGGGACUCAUGCAGGCCUCCGAGAGUGUGUUGAUCGCGGCGAAGGCGGAGUUGCUACAGGAAGAGUUCCAACCGCUGCUGGAUAGCGACAAGAGGGAUGACCUUUCGCGGAUGUACAACUUGCUGAACCGUGUGAAGGGCGGGCUUGACCCAUUGCGGAUCAGGCUCGAGACGCACGUUCGUCGUGCUGGAUUGGAUUCCGUUGAGAAGGUCGCGAGUGGACAGGAGGUUUUGGACCCACAGACAUACGUGUUUGCUCUGCUCGAUGUUCACACUCAUUACAAUGAUCUCGUGGCUAAGUGCUUCCGUAAUGAUCCAGAUUUUGUCAAGUCCUUGGAUAAUGCCUGCAAGGAGUUCGUCAACAGAAACAAGGCUUCUGAGAGUAGGGGAUCUAAGUCUUCGCCGCAAUUGUUGGCGCAGUAUUGUGAUUCUUUGCUCAAGAAGGGCGCAAAGGUCGUCGAGGAGAAUGAUUUGGAGAAGCACCUUCAGGGUGUGAUGACGGUCUUCAAGUAUAUCGAGGACAAGGAUGUCUUCCAGACGUUCUAUCAGAAGCUUCUUGCGAAGCGUCUCGUCAAAUUCCUUUCUGCUUCCGAUGAUGCGGAGGCUGGAAUGCUCCUCAAGCUCAAAGAGGCGUGUGGUGUUGAAUAUACGAACAAGCUGCAAAGAAUGUUCACGGAUAUGACACUUUCUAAGGAGACUAUGGAUGCGUUCCGUACCCAGAUGCAGCAGACUCACGACGCAUCUGAGCUAUCUACGGAUUUCUCUGCGCUUACCCUCGGAAAUGGAUACUGGCCUUUCACUAAGGCGUCAUCGGGUGGUAACUUCAAUAUCCCUCCGGAGGUGAUCAAGGACCUCGAACGUUUCCAGUCUUACUACGACAACAAGCAUUCAGGCCGAAAAUUGACUUGGUUAUGGCAAAUGUGCUCGGCUGAGGUUAAGGUGAACUUCACGAAGGUUAAGACGGGGUACUUGUGGACUGUGUCCACUUGGCAGAUGGCUAUUCUCCUGAUGUUCAAUAAGGCUACAUCUUACACAUACGAGGAAAUUGCUGGGACGACUGCGAUCGAGAAGGAUCAGCUUGAUGGAUCUCUGUCUAUCUUCUUGAAGGCGAGGGUGUUGACCUGUAACACGGAGAGCGGAGGUCCUGGAAGUACCUAUGAGUUGAACCAGGAUUACAAAUCCAAGAGGAUCCGAAUGAACUUCAACCAGGCCAUCAAGUCCGAACAGAAGCAAGAAACGGAAGAGGCGCACAAGACUGUGGAGGAGGACAGAAACUUGUUGAUGCAGUCCGCGAUCGUUCGUAUCAUGAAGUCUCGCAAGACGUUGAAGCACCAGGAACUCAUCACCGAGACGAUCUCGCAGAUUUCUUCUCGGUUCAAGCCUACGAUUCAGGAUAUUAAGAAAAUGAUUGACGUCUUGAUUGAGAAGGAUUACUUGGAGCGGGCUGGUAAGGAGACGUACUCGUAUGUUGCAUAAAGCACAAGGAUGGGGAAGAGGGUGGACGUCGGUUCGAGGUGUGUCCUAUGUUGGGAUGUUGUUUUCUGUGCUUCAGGUGUUCUUGUUUCCGUAUGGGUUCCUUUUUAGCAUUUUAGGUGUACGUGCU